GUCCCCGCGCGCCGUCUUCCUGGGCGGGGGGCGCCGCCUCCCCGCUGCCUGUCCCGUCCCGGCGGCCCUCGCCGGCGCCCUGGGCUUCCCGCGGCCCCUAGUAACCCUCCCACUCCCCUCUGGCCCUCUCUUCCCGGGCCCUGCCUUCCCAGCUGGGUCCGGGGGUGCGAUGGAGCGCGCCCCGGGUCGGCUCCGAAAUGCCUUCUCGGGUUGGGUUCUCGAAAGCAGAGCCCCCGGGCGCCCGCCGAACUGUGGCGUGCGGGGCCGUGGUCCGCGCGCCGAGCCCGGGGCGCCGGGUGGUGAUCGCGCCGGGGCUCCCCAUCCGGCGCCAAGGCUGCCGCCGUGCCCAGGGGGUGCGUUCUUGCGGUCCACCUCCCACCCAGAGGAGCGGCGCGCCCUCGGGGUCCGCCCCGAACCUGCCAGCUCCACGCUCGCCGCGCCUGGACAGCCUCGGGACUCUGCCAGGUGGAUGUUGUGCGUAGCGGGAGCCAAGUUGAAGAGGGAACUCGAUGCCACCGCAACAGUAUUGGCAAACCGGCAAGAUGAAAGCGAGCAGUCUAGAAAGCGGCUCAUUGAGCAGAGCCGAGAGUUCAAGAAGAACACUCCAGAGGAUUUACGCAAGCAGGUAGCGCCACUGCUGAAGAGCUUCCAAGGGGAGAUUGAUGCACUGAGUAAAAGAAGCAAAGAAGCUGAGGCAGCCUUCUUGAAUGUCUACAAAAGAUUGAUUGAUGUUCCAGAUCCUGUACCAGCCCUGGAUCUCGGGCAGCAGCUCCAGCUCAAAGUGCAGCGCCUGCAUGACAUUGAAACAGAGAACCAGAAACUUAGGGAAACACUCGAGGAAUACAACAAGGAAUUUGCUGAAGUGAAAAAUCAAGAGGUUACGAUAAAAGCACUUAAAGAGAAAAUCCGAGAAUAUGAACAGACUCUGAAGAACCAAGCUGAGACUAUAGCUCUCGAAAAGGAACAAAAGUUACAAAAUGAUUUUGCAGAAAAGGAGAGAAAGCUGCAAGAGACACAGAUGUCCACCACCUCAAAGCUGGAAGAAGCGGAACAUAAAGUUCAGACUCUGCAAACAGCCCUGGAAAAAACUCGAACAGAAUUAUUUGACCUGAAAACCAAAUAUGAUGAAGAAAUUACUGCCAAGGCCGAUGAAAUUGAAAUGAUCAUGACGGACCUUGAAAGAGCAAACCAGAGGGCAGAGGUGGCUCAGAGAGAGGCGGAGACCUUAAGAGAGCAGCUCUCGUCAGCCAACCACUCUCUCCAGCUGGCCUCGCAGAUCCAGAAGGCGCCGGACGUGGAGCAGGCCAUAGAGGUGCUGACCCGCUCUAGCCUCGAAGUUGAGUUGGCCGCCAAAGAGCGGGAAAUCGCCCAGCUGGUGGAGGACGUGCAGAGACUGCAGGCUAGCCUCACCAAGCUGCGGGAGAACUCCGCCAGCCAGAUCUCCCAGCUCGAGCAGCAGCUGAGUGCCAAGAACAGCACGCUCAAACAACUGGAAGAAAAACUCAAAGGACAGGCUGACUAUGAAGAGGUGAAGAAAGAACUCAAUAUUCUGAAGUCCAUGGAGUUUGCACCAUCUGAGGGAGCUGGGACACAGGACGCAUCCAAGCCCCUGGAGGUGCUGCUGCUGGAGAAGAACCGCUCGCUGCAGUCCGAGAACGCCUCUCUGCGCAUCUCCAACAGCGACCUGAGCGGGUCAGCCAGGAGAAAAGGGAAAGACCAGCCUGAGAGUCGGCGUCCUGGACCUUUGCCGGCGCCCCCUCCUCAGUUGCCCCGCAACACGGGGGAGCAGGCUUCCAAUACUAAUGGUACACACCAGUUCUCACCAGCGGGGUUAACGCAAGACUUUUUCAGCUCAUCCCUGGCAAGCCCCAGCCUACCCCUGGCUUCUACGGGAAAAUUUGCACUAAACUCUCUCCUCCAACGACAGCUAAUGCAGUCCUUCUACUCCAAGGCCAUGCAGGAAGCAGGAAGCACAAGCAUGAUUUUUUCAACAGGUCCAUACAGCACAAACUCCAUAUCUUCCCAAAGUCCAUUACAACAAAGCCCAGAUGUAAAUGGCAUGGCCCCGUCUCCCAGCCAGUCAGAAAGUGCUGGGAGCGUCUCCGAGGGCGAGGAGAUAGACACUGCAGAAAUCGCCCGGCAGGUGAAAGAGCAGUUGAUCAAGCACAAUAUUGGACAGCGCAUUUUUGGACACUAUGUCUUGGGACUGUCUCAAGGGUCCGUGAGCGAGAUUCUGGCCCGGCCCAAACCAUGGAAUAAACUGACUGUUCGCGGGAAGGAGCCUUUUCACAAGAUGAAGCAGUUCCUCUCGGAUGAGCAGAACAUCUUGGCUCUUCGCAGCAUCCAAGGCAGACAAAGAGAGAAUCCAGGCCAGAGCCUGAACAGACUAUUUCAGGAAGUACCGAAACGAAGAAAUGGGUCUGAAGGUAACAUCACCACCCGGAUCCGAGCCUCAGAAACCGGGUCCGAUGAAGCAAUCAAGUCUAUCCUGGAACAAGCCAAAAGGGAACUGCAAGUGCAAAAAACUGCAGAGCCCGCCCAGCCUUCUUCCACAUCCGGCAGUGGGAACUCCGAUGACGCCAUCCGCUCCAUCCUGCAGCAAGCCCGCCGAGAAAUGGAGGCUCAACAAGCUGCCCUCGAUCCCGCCUUAAAACAAACGCCACUGACACAGACUGAUGUUACCAUCCUGACCCCCAAGUUAAUAACCACCUCGCCCAUGUCCUCGGUGACCAGCUACCCUCCUCUAGCCAUCUCCUUGAAGAAGCCCGCCUCCGCCUCUGCCCCCGAUUCCAGCAACCCUGCUCUGCCCAACCCCCCAGCCCUCAAAAAGGAGUCCCAGGAUGCACCUGGACUGGACCUCCAAGGAGCCACCGACUCUGCACCGGGUGUCCUGCGACACGUGAAGAGCGAGCUGGGCCGCAGUGGCGGGUGGAAGGACCACUGGUGGAGCACCGUGCAGCCGGAGAGGAAGAACAACCCUCCUUCCGAGGAAAAACAGGCCGAAGAAGCCAGCAGCGGGAAAGAAAAAGGUGGCAGCAGCCAGGCAAGAGCUGAACGCAGCCAGCUCCAGGGACCCUCCUCCUCCUCCUCUGAAUACUGGAAAGAAUGGCCCAGCGCUGAGUCACCGUACUCCCAGAGCUCAGAGCUGAGCCUGACCGGAGCCAGCCGCAGCGAGACGCCCCAGAACAGCCCCCUGCCUUCCUCCCCCAUCGUGCCCCUGUCCAAGCCCACCAAGCCCUCUGUCCCUCCACUGACGCCUGAGCAGUAUGAGAUCUACAUGUACCAGGAGGUGGACACCAUCGAGCUCACCCGGCAGGUGAAAGAGAAGCUGGCCAAGAAUGGCAUUUGUCAGCGGAUCUUCGGGGAAAAGGUGCUGGGCCUGUCCCAGGGCAGUGUCAGUGACAUGCUGUCCCGGCCGAAGCCAUGGAGCAAGCUGACCCAGAAAGGCCGCGAACCCUUCAUCCGGAUGCAGCUCUGGCUAAAUGGCGAGCUGGGCCAGGGCGUCCUGCCGGUCCAAGGACAGCAGCAGGGGCCAGUCCUCCAUUCUGUGACGUCACUACAGGACCCUCUGCAGCAAGGCUGUGUGAGCUCAGAAAGCACGCCAAAGACCUCUGCCAGCUGCAGCCCUGCACCCGAAUCACCAAUGAGCUCGAGUGAAUCAGUGAAGAGUUUGACUGAACUGGUCCAGCAGCCCUGUCCCCCCAUUGAAACAAGUAAGGAUGGAAAACCACCAGAACCCAGCGACCCGCCUGCUUCAGACUCCCAGCCCACCACCCCACUGCCUCUCUCCGGACACUCGGCCCUCAGCAUUCAAGAGUUGGUAGCCAUGUCUCCAGAGCUGGACACCUACGGUAUAACCAAGAGAGUCAAGGAGGUGCUGACUGACAACAACCUUGGUCAGCGCUUAUUUGGGGAGACCAUCUUAGGGCUCACCCAAGGCUCUGUCUCCGACCUCCUCGCUCGCCCGAAGCCCUGGCACAAGCUCAGUCUGAAGGGACGGGAGCCCUUUGUCCGAAUGCAGCUGUGGCUGAAUGACCCCAACAACGUGGAGAAGCUGAUGGAUAUGAAACGGAUGGAAAAGAAAGCCUACAUGAAGCGGCGGCACAGCUCAGUCAGCGACAGCCAGCCCUGCGAGCCUCCCUCCGUUGGCAUUGACUAUAGCCAAGGCGCAAGCCCUCAGCCCCAGCACCAGCUGAAGAAACCCCGUGUGGUGCUGGCUCCUGAAGAGAAAGAAGCUCUGAAACGAGCAUAUCAGCAAAAGCCAUACCCGUCACCAAAAACCAUCGAAGAGCUCGCCACCCAGCUCAACUUGAAAACCAGCACUGUCAUCAACUGGUUCCACAAUUACAGGUCUCGGAUCCGCAGAGAACUGUUCAUUGAGGAGAUUCAGGCCGGGAGCCAGGGCCAGGCCGGGGCCAGCGACUCCCCGUCCGCCCGCAGCAGCCGGCCGGCGCCCAGCUCCGAGGGCGACAGCUGUGACGGCGUGGAAGCCGCCGAGGGCCCGGGCGCCGCGGACGCUGAGGAGUCGGGCGGCCCCGCGGCCGCCACCAAGUCUCAGGGAGGGCCCGCCGAGGCCGCCGCCCCGGAGGAGCGAGGAGAGGAGGCGCCGCGGCCGGCGGAGAAGGCGGAGCCAACGCCCUCGGGGACCCCGGCCCCGCAGGACGCCGACGAGGGCCGAGCCCGGGCACCGCUGCCGCCCGAAGGCCCCGCGGACGGCCCGCGGCCUGUGCCAAACCCCGCGGCCGCCGCCGGGGAGGACGCCGCUACCUCAGCCGCCCCGGGAGAGGGCCCCGCCCGGGCCCGGGACGCCGCCCCGAGUUCCGCUUUGCCAAGCACCAGCGCGCCGGCCGCCCGCAGGCCCAGCUCGCUGCAGAGCCUCUUCGGCCUCCCCGAGGCGGCGCGCCGGGACUCGCGAGACAACCCCUUGAGGAAGAAGAAGGCCGCGAACUUGAACAGCAUCAUCCACCGCCUGGAGAAGGCCGCCAGCCGCGAGGAGCCCAUCGAAUGGGAGUUCUGAGGCGCCGCCCGCCGCCCGCCCGGCCGGGAUGGAGCCGAGCGCCGAGCGGGGGCGCAGGGGCGGCGCCGACUCCGCGGCCCGGACCAUGUUGCGCACUUACUGCCCUGCGGGCCACAGGGCAAAAUCGCCAUAGGCCAAGGUGCAUAUAGAAAACAAAGGAGCAUUAAGCCCAAUCUUUGUCGUGUUUUCAAGGAAGAAAACGGAAAUGUGUAGUCGAGCUUUUUUGUACCCUGAAGUGUUUUUUUUAUUGCCCUAAGUGAUUUCCACAGGUUCUGGAAUAACUCUUACAGCUUUGCCUUGCGCCCUCCUCUUUCGUGUGGGCUUUAAAAAAAAAUCAAACCCACAUAUUAAAAGGGGGCUUUUUAUCUGCCAUCUAAUGGCUUCAGAGCGAUAAUACACUAUUAUCUUCUUAAACCAGGAAAGGGGGAGGGGGGAUUUUUCAGAAAAAUUAAAAAAGAAAGUUUUUGUAGCUGUUCAGUUGCCACUAAGAGAUUGCACAGUCAAACCGACUCUAAACACACUAGUUUGGAUUCCUAAAUAUUUUCAAGUAAAGAAUCUUCUCGUUUGAAACUUUGAAUUAAAAUAAAACACAUUUACUCCACAUAUUUUUUAACAAAAAGAAAAGUCACAUCAGGAAAAUAACUGAUUUUGUGGUAGCUGAUGUAGUGUUUUCUUGUACGUGAAUAGAAUCCUGACAUGUAGUGCACAUUGAUCCAUAGCUUUAACUGACUCUGGGCUUUUGCUGACCAGGGUCUGUUUAAUACACUCCAUUCUAGGCCAAAUCAGGACAAAAAGAAAAGAUCCGAAUCUAGGUAUUUUAUAAUCUGCUUUUUAACCUCUAACCGCAGAGCACGCUGAUCAGACCUCAUAUCUCGGAGGUUUAGGAGACAAGUUAGAACUGUAGCACGUACCCGUUCAUUUCGUUUAAUUUAUGGUGUCUACGUCUGCGUUAGUGCGUCUGCACAUAGGUGAGCAUUUGAAGAAAGGAGGAAAGAGUAGGCCGCUCGGGUCGGAGCAAACAGUUCUGGGGCCAGACGGCCCGCCCCUCGUAGACAGCAGUCUUUCCUUGGCACAGAAGGCACCACACCUCACACCACUCUCCCAGGCGCCUGAUGGACUGAGCCCCACCAGGGGACGCCGCUCCCUGGGCCUGGGCAGGGCUCUCGCGGACUCUCUCUUUCCCUCUCUUCCCACCACAAGCACUGAUGACUGUUGAAGUCGUGGGAAGCUUCCUUCCCUGCAGAAGAGAGAACGUAGCAAUCUGGGCUCUGCUCCCAACCCCGUAGAGAUGGCCCAAACUGACACCAAAACGCCGAUGCUCUUCGCUUCCAGACCAGACCGUUGACCCUCCAUUCAUUUUGCCUCUUGGAACGUUCUUUUAUGCAGUCUUUUACUUAGUCUUUUAGGGCAGUCUGAGUACAAAUCAAAAGUCUAACUUGUCUCUGAUUCCUCCUGUUGUCUAUGUGUAUAUGCGUGAGAAUAGAGGUGGAUGAGAGUGUGCGUGUGUGCGUGUGUGCAAUUUUAUACGUCUGUGUAUUUUCUUAAGUACCUGUGCACACAUAGAGUGCAUUACUGCCACCUUUUUUCAAUAAGCUGUUUUAUCAGUUAUGGCUUCUACAAGUUUGCUAAUUUAGACUCCUUUAUUGCCAUAUCUUUAAACUAACAAUAGAUGAUUUCGGUAUAUAUAUAUAUUUUUUUUUGCUUAUUUAUAGGUGCUGUAUUUUAUUAUCUGAUUGUUAGGAAGGGAUGAAAGGGGCAAAUAUUCUUUAGAGGGAUAGACUGCCGGCAGUAUUGGGUAUAAUUUACAAGAUGUAGUUGUCAUACUGUAUAUUACUGAUUGAAAACUUUUUGACCGUAUUGUGUAUCAUUGAAACCUUUGUCUUAGGUCAACAUCUUUGGAUGACAUUUUAAUGGUGCAUUCAUUAUUUCUUAAGUUUAAUAUUAUCUUUUUUUGAUUUGGGGGUGGGAGGGAGUUAUAAUUUUAGAGGUAUGCUCCCGCUAUUACACCUCAGUGUGCUUGUAUUAAUUAACUUGUAGGACUUUGACUGUAAGAUGUGAAACCACAUUUCUUGCAUGAUGUUUUAGAAAUUAUAUAUUUCAUUUACAGUCUUUUAACCUUCAGCUGCAGCACUUAGUUCAAGUUUUCACAAAUUUAAGAGUCACUACACUAAAGACAAUGCCUUUUCAUGAAUAAGAAGUUUUCAGAAGGCUCUAGGAGGCUGUGAGGCAGGCUGUUUGUCUUUUGAUAGUUGCAUCAUCUCUGAACUUGAAAUCCGGUUCAGUGAGAAGAGAAUUCAGAAUGAAGGAGCUUAAGGGGAUACAGAUUAACAUCCGGCCCAAUUCAGGUGCAUUAAGAAGAGCGAAUUUGCAUUAGUGACCCUUAGGACAGUGAGUAGCAGAGCCCCUGACAGUACUGUGGUGUCCUCUCCACAAAAACCUUGAGGGAAUUUUGUCAUGUGUGAUGAAUCACUAAAUAUCUGAUUUUCAUCAGAAUCAAAAGCAGGGAGUUAACAGGAAAUACUAGGGUAGUGUUUUAAUUUUAAAGGCAUGACUGUUAUAUAUGGAGGUAUUAAAUCUGAAGAAAUUGAAAAAUUAUAAAAAUUGUUCAUUCUUGUGGCCAAAUAGUAACAGUCUAAAACAGCCACUUUGGCUCUUCCAAGCAAUUUAGUCAUUUUUGUUGUGUUUUUUUGUGGGUUUUUUUUUUUUUAACUAGGUUAUUGUUUAUUUCCAUUCUGUCUUUUUUGCCAGACUUACAUCUGGGUGCUUGAUACAAUCAGUUGGUUAAAUUUUGCUUGCAGUUCUGUAUUUGUAUUUUUUUCUUUAUUUAUUGUUUUUAUUGCGAUCCCAACCCUAUCCUCUUCUGUGUUUAAGCUAUCACCUUCUGUAAUACUAAGAGCUGCCACUAAAUAACAGAAACCUGUCAGCACAGGAAGUGUCCCUCCCUCCUCAUUGCACCCCUCAUUUUGAGUCUAAGGGUUGAUCUUUCAUCUUGAUAAGCAAUAUUCAAGUGCCUUGAACAGCAUCUUCUCCGUGGGGUUUCACCUUCAGCUGGCUGGCGUUCCAAGCAGUGGCUCCCACAGGCAGCUGACCUCCUCCUCUUUACGCUCCAUCAGUUUAAAAAGCUGGUGUGUACCUCUCCCCUGGGGAAAACGGUUCCAUACGAAACACUAACACUUAAUUACAAGCUCCAUUAUACCAUUUUAAAUGGCUUCUUUUUGUUAAUUGGAGGCAGUGUUCAUAACUUAAGGUUCUUGCCAUUACUUAUCUGGCUAAGUGGAGGCUUAGCAUAAAAUCAGUGUUCACAUCAGCCUCUUGCUCCUUGGUUCCUGCCCAUGCUCUCUCGUGGUGUCUGAGGUGCAAGGUGUGUGGGUUCUGGCCUAGACCCAUUCAAGUGACUUCCCUUGGAUCUCCAGAUCAGCCAGGAUGUCUGUGAUUUCUGUCCACCAGACCGCUUUUCUUGAGAAAGAAUAACCACGGCCAUUAGCUCAAUUUAAUUACCCUCAGAGCCGACCUGCCUGAGGAACAUCACAACCCAAGGUGGCUCAUGGUCAGCACACUGCCCUGGGAUGCAGGCUUGGGAGAAGUCUCCAGGAAAUUCCAGGAUCUUGACUCGUAUGACUACUCUCAGACCCUGGCCAUUGUAUCUGGGCAAGUGACUGAGGCAAGAAGGUAACCAUUCAUGGCCUCCUGUACUUCCAGUGCACAAAUGCCUCCCUGCCCAGUUUCCUUCCUGUUGGCAUCUUUGUUUUCUCCCCACUUAAAAACCAUCCUGUCCAAUGUGGACGUCCAGGUCUCCUGGUUAGUGGUCCACACCCAGAGUGCUAUGGAGCUUUGGGUUAAGUGUUCCUCUGUGCUCUCUCUGGCACAAGAGUCCCCUACCCUGGGUCCAGGAGGAAGGGAACACCCCAUCUGCCUCCUUGGCGAGGGCACAUCAGUUGUGCAGCUCGAGAGCAAACCUAGCAGAAGGCAGGUUGUUCUUUAAUCCACGGGAGCGCUCCAGUGUCGGCUUGCUCCCCUAAGAUCAUGCAGCGUCAUGCUCUGAGAGACUAGAGUAAGAAUCACCAGGCAUCUCGGGCUGCAGGAGGGUGCCUUCCAGCUAAUGUUGGACUGGGUUUCUCUCUUUCUCCUGAACUCAUGUUCUUUCAUGCAGGACUAAUCAAUGAACUCUAUUGACAUUCUUUGCAAUGUUUUUCAUUCCUCUGAUUUUAGAAAAACAAAACCUCACUGAAAAUAGCAGAGGAGCCGGGGGAGUAUAUGCACAUCCUGGGAUUAGCACAAAGUGGAACAGUGAUAGUGACUUACGAGAGCUGGAGCUGGGGGACCAUAGCCUUUACCUUAAAUGCACUAUGACAGCCGCCUCUCCACAGGCCUAUAAAAACAAGAGUCUGCUUGUGGCUAUCCCAAGCCCCUGCUUUUGGAGGCCAGAAAGCCGGCUGUGAGGGGAGAUGUAACCAGGCGCAUCCCUUCAGGCUGGAGGUUUGGCUCCUUCCCUGGAUGUCCUCCCUUGUCACAGCCCUCAUUUAUCCCCGUCUACCUCACUAGCCUAUGCUCCCAUUUGACAUCACUCCUCACCCACACCCUCUGAACCGUGCAGCAAGUGGACUGGGGGAGAGAGAAUGCUAGAAGGGUGGCAUCCAUGAUCGAAGCCUGGUGGGAAGGCAUCUCUCUCUUGUGAGCACAACCUGACAGACAGCUGUGCUCUCUGAGGCCAUGGAUUUUCCUCUUGACUUCCACCUGUUCCUAAAGAUCUGUCAGCUGUUUCCUUGGCAGGCAGGGACAGUCUCAAGCCUCAAAGGGCCUUGUCUUUGGCCUGCCUUUUCUUUCUGCCCGUUUCUGCUCAGCUGUUAAGAUCCAUCACAGUCAUUUUCCUUGCCCUGGGCUGCCCCUAAAUGGCCACAUGAGGACACUUCCCUAGGGUUCCCGCCGGGCAUGGGGGAACUCUGUCUUUAUUCUCUCUGACACUGGGAGGUUAGGACUUCAGCUCCGCUGUGACACUCCUUUGGAAACAUCUCAAAGACAGGAGAGGAUAUAGCGUUCUCCAGCCCACUCACCCAGCCUUCAGUCACAUGGCUUCCCACGACUAUGCCAGUCUCCACCCAGUGCUAAAGGAAACCAGCUCCCAGGGCUGCUGGUUGGAUGUGGAUCCAUCCACCAUGGUGGCCAAAGUGUCCUCCUGAUGGAACAGAUUUGGAAGUGGGAGCGUAAGAUUGGUGCCAUCACCGUGCCCUUGAGCAUUUACUGGUAAAAGCUCGCGUGUAAAAAUGCCCCCAGUCCUUCUGCAGUUUGGGGCCUUGAUGGCAGGUGAGCCUUCGUGACCCACAAGGCAGAGCUCCUGCCCUGAGUGGCGAGGUGGUGGCCUGGGACUCCAACGUGAUGUAGUUCCAUUUCCCGGUCCAUUGAGUGGCAGGCUGGCCAGCUCGCUUGCUUGCUAAGAGAUUGGUCCAAUUUGACAAUACCAUUCCCAUUCCCAGCAGUGUCUGCCUUUUGGAAGAUAAAACCUACUGGGGGAAGAAAGGAAGAAACAAGUUCCCAAUUAAAUUUCCAAAAAGAUCCCCCCGUAAACCCCUUAGAGCAGCGGUUCUCAACCUGUGGGUCGCGACCCCUUUGGGGGUCAAACGACCCUUUCACAGGGGUCGCCUAAGACCAUCGGAAAACAUACAAUUACAUAUUGUUUUUGUGAUUAAUCACUAUGCUUUAAUUAUGUUCAAUUUGUAACAAUGAAAUUGGGGGUCACCACAACAUGAGGAACUGUAUUAAAGGGUCGCAGCAUUAGGAAGGUUGAGAACCACUGCCUUAGAGCAAUGGCCGCCAACGGGUGGUCCGAAAGGUUGGCGACCGCUGGUUUAAGGAAAUCUUUGGAUCAGCUGUCACCAACCGGUGGUCCGCAGACCACUGCUGGUCCGUGAGGUCCGAAAGGUAGGCGGCCGCUGCCCUAGAGGGGUGCUGAAGCCGAGGCCAGAGCCCUCUGGGUGAAUCAGGGCAGCAGAGGACAGGGUGUGGGGAGCAGCCAGCUGAGCGAAAUGGGCCCCAUCCCAGAGUCUUCCUGCCCCAACAGCCCCAGCAGCCUGCAAGCCUCCUGCCUGGCCAGGGAAGAAAGGGAAAUGCACCCCCCCUCACCAGUCCCACUUGCAGGGACUGCCCCACGACCAGGCCGGCUGCCACCUUUCCACCACCUCCUCCCUCCAAAGAUCCCGUGUCCACGCUGACAGUGGCAUCAUCUCCAUUUUCGCUUUUGGAUGAAGUGACAUUUAGCUUUAACAAGACAUUUCCAAAGCGCCUAGUCUCCUCAAAGAUGCUGACUUUAAAAGUUGGGCAUUGUAGACAAAGAACCCUAAAAAAGAUUAGUGAGAGAAAGACAUUAGGCUACUCAUAAAUGUGCGCUUUCCCCAUCCCCUUUACUAAACUUUUAAAAUACCUUUAAGUUGCUUUUCAUGAUCAUUUUAUCCAGUACUGUUAAGUGUAGCCUAUGUUACUGUAAUUUCUGUAGUGUUUAGGCUUUAAUUUUACCACAAAAUGUGCUGUUUGCUAUGUAUCAAGCUUUCUGUGGUCAGAAAGGAAAGGUGCCUUAUAUCCCAAUGUCACAGCUACACCCCUAUGGAAAAUAAUCAGAAGCACAGUGUAUGCGGAAGCUUUGGGACUUCCGUUGGUGAAACCAGACUCCCAUCAGCAAGACACAUGGAAGUGGCACGGGGCUGCUUUUGUUCUGUAGUUCCUUUUUUCUCCUUUUUCAUUUUCCUUUUGUCUUUUUUUUUUUUUUUUUUUUGUAGUUUGCUUUAAACAGAAAGCACUUAAAUAGAUGACUAUAUGUAAAAGCUCUGUGCAAUAGAAAUCAUUUUUCUUCAUUUUUAAGAGAUAAUGUAUUGCACACCAAAUGAACUCAAAGUAAGCUUUAGACCAGGACGAUUCAGGUUGUGGAUGAGUAUGUUCACUGUAGUUCCGUUUAUUCAUGAACUGAAGGGAAACAGGCUUCCCUCCCCCCACCCCCGCCUGCCCAUUGCUGACCACCAAGCUAGACCUGCAGGGCGCUUGGCCAGAACCGCUGUCUGGGCGGCAGCGUGGGGGUGUUUGUGACUCAGCAGCUGAGAACCUCCCUUCCAGCACUUAACCUUUUCUUGUUGAGAUGGAUUGACUGCUACUGACCUGCCAGCGUGCGUGAGGAUAAUUAUAAAAGGAUGUUUCCUUGAGGAAAAAAAAAAAUAUUUCUAUCCUCUUCUAUUUAUUAUUAGGUUAAUCAUUUAAGUACUUAUCAGGAGUAUAUUGUUGUUUUGUGUUGUUGUUGUUGUUGUUGUUGUUAUAAAUGCUUUUUGCUAUCACUCCAGUGGUUACUGUCUUCUGCCUCCUGCCCUCCCCAUCCCACCCCCCAAAAAAGAACCGAAAGGCCUGGGGAUUUAACUGGGGGCAGAGGGGGUUUCUCCCGCAGAGUUAGACGUCUGUCUCCAGGGUAGCCACUCAAACACUGGUGGUCUUCACGUGGCUUUUUAAAUGAGAGUCGAUGAACAAAAACCUACCAGUGUGAGGAAAUGCCGAGCUGAAGAACAUUCGUGUGAGGAGCUGCAGAGGAGACUUAGAAAAGCAAGGUUGAGUUCCCCAAAGCCUCCUAGAGCCUCUGUAAGACUUCUGGGUUCAUGAAGUUUCCGCGAGGAGCCCUGGUCAGAGGGGCGCGGCGGCCUGGCCAAGGCUAUGACUUCCGAGGGAGAGAAUGGUUUCUUGUAAGGCUCAUGUGGGUUGACAUGUUUUAGUUGGCUGCUGUUGUUGUUGUUGUUUUUCUUGCAUACGAAUUUGGUCAAAACCAUCUGUUGAAGCAACAGUGUUCUUAGUUUGGCUGUGGCUUGAGGAUCCACACCAAGGAGGUCAUGGGGGAGCCCCUCUCCCCUGACUGUGGUUAAGUGUGUAGGGAAGUUAGAUGUGGGCAGAGCUUUCUGUGGUAGAAGCACAGCCAACAAGACACCCAGUUGCUUGCAAAGGGGUGUGAGGGCGAAGUGGGUCUGGCCUCGGGCCUGGGGGCUCACCCUCAUGGGCACAAGAGAAGGAAGCUCCCCCAGGCCAAAGCAGGGGCUCUGCUCACCCCAGCUGGAGCCAGACCGCUGUCUCUGCUCCCAUCCACCCACCCCCGACUCACUUUCCACCUCAUGACUUUCCCCUUCCCUGAAGUCAUUUGGAGGUCCUGGUUCUGUUCUCAUCUCUCAAAGAAUGCCCUCCAAUGAAAGAACUGUCCUCAUCCCCGCCCCAAAGGGUUUCCAUCUCUCUCUAAUAAGUCUAUGCAUGUCUCUCUCUUGAGCCGUUUUCUGCCUCUUGAGAAAACGGGCAUCUCAUGUCCCACCUUCUGAGACCCCUCAGAAAAUGCUGUGCAUUUUGGAGAUGUGAGGAUUCGUUCAAAAUUCUUAAAGCAUUUGAGAAUAGCUUGUUAUAAAAUAAAAGUGGGGAAAGAAAAGGUUUUCCCACAUCCCUUCCCACUGAGUAAGACCUAGCUCUUUGCAAUUGUGCAAUAACUACUUGCCUGCGAGCGGGUAGCCACGCUCCUGUCCAGACUACUAACACAGCACAAGCCAGGCGCGCUCACCGAGUGGCGACUUCUUCCGGAGAAUUCUUAAUAAGCUCAGCUCCCCCCAGUGUAUCGUGGUGUCUUACAUUUUAGCAGUAUUUUAUAUUUUCUGUAACGCACUAAGUCUUAGAUGUUUUUAGAGCUUGUUUGUUAAUACUCACAAUCACAGACUUUUUUAAAAGAUCCUCACAGAGACCCAACUGACCAAAAAAAAAAAAAAAUGGCAUCAUUUAUUUGUACAAAUAGCUUUGAGAAGCCUCUGCUGUGUUGCUGUGACCCAUCUCUGGUAACAUUUUAUUUCUUGCUAUUUGUUUUCAACAUUAAGAGUCAAAAGUUGCUCCGGCUGGCAAGGGGGUGGGGGAGGCACCCGUCAGACCCUCGGCCUUGUCCCUUCUGUCUUUGGUUAGCCAUACGAUGUUUGUUCUCAGCACUGUACAACGGUCCCUAUAUGAUAUGGAGAAGCAAUAUCACUGUAUGAAACUCACACCAUGUAUUAUUAUUAUUCACUAGCACCCUAGGUGUGAUAAUUGAAGUAAAUAUCUUUUAUACAAACACAAGAA